UGGUGGGGGUGGGAUUUCUCUAGCUGGCACCAUGAAGCUCAGGCCCGGCCACUCAUCCGCUCCCUUUGCUCAGCCCUGGGCAUGGCCUGAGCAUCAGCGCACCCUGCCACAGGCUCUGGUGGCAGCCGACCGCACGCGACUUGUCCCAGAAGGGGCUGGGCCACCCGCCCUGGCAGCGGCUCCGAGGUGGCACUCGUGGCCACGGCAGGAGGGUUGAGCGGGCCUGCCCCGACCUGCUGCUCACAGUGGCUCGGGACGGCCAGUGCUGAGAUGCACUCCCAUCGUGACCCCGGGCCACCCCCUUGCCGCUCCUGCCUGGCUGCCUCAGUGCACAGAGCUCCCUGGGGUUGUGGCCCUCUCGAGUUCACCCGGGUCUGCUCCCGCGGGGGGGGGGGGGGGGGGACACCUUGUGCGGGCCCCUCUGGUGCCCUCUGUGCCCCCGAUGGCCGGACUGGCUGAGGGGCCCACUUCAGAGGCCAGUGGUGAGUGAGCCGAGGACAUGGCGCAGGAGACCAACCACAGCCAGGCGCCCAUGCUGUGCUCCAUGGGCUGCGGCUUCUACGGGAACCCUCGCACCCACGGGCUGUGCUCCGUGUGCUACAAGGAGCACCUGCAGCAGCAGAACAGCAGCGGCCGGGGAGGCCCACCGGCCCCCGUCGGCAAUCUGUCUGAUGCCCUGCCUGUGCCCUGCUCGGACAGCGGCAUGGCUGCCGCUCAGCCGGACCCCACGUCUCCAUCCGCGCAGCCGAGACUCGCGGCUGCCGGGCCACCUUGUCACCUGGUGUCUGUGUCUGCAGCCCCGUGUCAGCCCCGUCGCUGCUGUCAGAGUCCUCGGUGUCUUCGCCUGGAGAGAGCACCUCUGUGGACAAGGCCGCCCCUGAGCCCCAGCACCUGGCAGCGUCUGUGUCCGAGUUGGCACAGCAACCAGCGGAAGAGCAAAGCAGGUCUCUGGGAAAACCCAAACAGAAGAAGAACCGCUGCUUCAUGUGCAGGAAGAAAGUGGGGCUCACAGGGUUUCAGUGCCGGUGUGGGAACGUCUACUGCGGCGUGCACCGCUACUCAGACGCGCACGACUGUUCUUACAACUACAAAGCCGACGCCGCGGAGAAGAUCAGAAAAGAAAACCCAGUAGUCGUGGGCGAGAAGAUCCAGAAGAUCUGAGCCCCGCCAGAGCGCAGACCCCUGACCACCUGCAGUCUGCACACGGACUCAGGCUUCUCCCUGGCCGUGGGCUUAGAGCUGUGGAGCCUGCAUAGACCUCUAAUCAUGCAUGUCACCAGAAGAAUAGAUUUUUGCUUUUGUUUUGAAGAUGACUCUGAACAUUUAUUUCCACUGCAGUUUCUGUGGCCGAGUGACUUGAGUGUCUCCCUCUUACGCUCCUUUCCCGAUAGCUGAGCGGCCGAGGUGGAGGCUCUCCAGCAGCUGGCUCACCCGAGGGGCCCUGCCUUCUGCGGCCCUGCAGUGGCCCUGAUGCCCGGCCCGGCCCGGCUGCCCCAUCUGGUCUGAGCGGCGGCUUGUCCUCCGGCCGCCUCCGCCUCUCACCGCCCGCUGCCCGCGAGCCACGCCCGCUCCCUCUAUUUAUGUCUGCCGGCCUGUUGUGGGCCAUGUGUGCGGAGGGCUGGCCUGCGGUCACUGCUGUGUUCGUGUUCACUCACCGCCUUUGAUUAAAUAAAGGAAAACGGCAACCGCC